GAAAGUUCCUUUAAGAGAGAGAGAGAGAGAGGCGAUCGCAACUACUAUAGCGAGUGGUUCGUUAUGGUAGAAAGCAUGGCGCGUGGUGUAUUUGAAGACGGGAAGCAUGUGGUGUCGGAGCUGAGAAUCGAAGCAAAGACAUCUUCAGAUUAUCCACCUCCUCCUAAGCCUCUCUUGAUUGCGACGCCAUCUGAAGAAGGAGAAUAUCCGGUGUUGGUAUUCUUACACGGCUAUCUCUUCUUCAACAACUUCUACUCGCAGCUUCUUCGACACGUUGCCUCUCAUGGCUUCAUCGUACUCGCACCUCAGGGAAAGCGGUUUUGGGCUCUUUGGGCAGUUCUGGUAUGCGCUGCUGCUGCGAUAAGCGGUAUUGAGGAGGAAAAUGGCGGUAAGGAGCUGAGUUACGGUGGCGGGAAACCUGGGGUCGGGUUGGAUAUCGGGAGUGGUGCGGUUAGAGAUGCGAUUGGCGAAGGCGGCCCAGAUGGUGGCGGCAAGCACCAUGAGAAGAAAGGAAGAAAGCAUGCCGGAGUCGGUGGUGGUGGUGGUGGUGCCGGCGGAAUUGGCGGAGGAAUGGGUGGUGGUAGUGGUGGGGUAGGCGGAGGAAUGGGUGGUAGUGGUGGUGGUGGUCUGGGCGGAGGAAUGGGUGAAGGUGGCGGAGGGUUUGUUGCCGCUGGUGUAGGUGGAGGAGCUGGAUAUGGAUUUGGUGGGGACGGCGGAGGAUUAAGUGGGCCCAGUGGCGAAGGAGGAAUGGGUGGUGGUUAUGGAAUGGGUGGAGGGAGCGGCAGCAACAACGGUGGUGGUGGUAUGGGAGGAAUAGGUGGAGGGAUUGGAGUUGGAGGUGGUGCAGGAAUUGGAGGCAGCACUACGAUUGGUGGAGUGCCAGUGAUUGGCGGUGGUGCUGGAAUCGGUGGAGGUGCAGGGAUCGGGAUCGGUGCUGGUAGCGGUGCUGCCGGUGGUGGCGGCGGUGGAAAUAGCGGCUUUGUUAAAAGUGCCGAGAAUGAAAGGAAGAAGAAGAAGAAGCUGCAGCAGCAGCAUUAGACUGAAAUGAAGAUGUGUUUAUACCACUAAUGCUAGUACUAGUAGUGCAGCAUAUCAGGACUAUGGUUUUCUUCUUCCUCUUUGUUGUUGUCGUCGUCGUUUCCUUGUAGUAGUUAUUGUCGUUGUCGUUGAUGUCUAUGUUGUGGUAGUUGUUGUUGUUGUUCUGUUAUAUAUUAGUACGAUAUUAGUGUUGGUUA